AACAGACGACACUGUAUUGGUGUGACGUCACUCCGCUGCGCAUGCGCGGACGGAAAUGGAAGCUGGUGGAAACUGUCGUUCGUGAGCCGCCAUUUUGGUUCAACUGGCGCAUAGAUUCGGCGAGGUUUUUGCAGUGUGUACGGAUCCAAAAUGGAGUAGUUUCACAGCAGUGUUACAAAUGUCACGUGACACCGUUUGGUGUCAUGUGAUGUUUGUUUACAUCCGGUAGAAGCACAGCUGCACGUGUACGGGAGCCUGCUAUUAGUGUGCAGUCCGUGACCAUGGCGGCUACAGCCCCUACCAGACCCUUCGGCCCGGAUGAGGCCCGGAGGAUUGUGCGUGGCUUGCAGCAGCCUGCUGUGUUCCCGGACAUGACGGGCGGCUGGGCCGCUCUGCGCUGGACGGCCGAGCAUCUGUCCGGCCGCCUCGCAGACCGACCCGUCCAAUUCAGGCUCGGGAGGAAGGAGGAGACAAAUGCUCCUCUGUUCGAGACCCAGUGUUCCUAUGUUCAGGCCAAAGUGGCUCAUUUUCUCAACUGGACUGGAGGACAGACGGAUGUGGGACCUUUUUCUGAAUACUCCUACGCCGACUAUUGGGCCUACGCUGACUACAAAUACAUCGCUACGCUGUUUAAAGACCAGCCCUUCAUGUUUGAGGAUGUAAAGUGGUCAGAGUUUGGUUUCGAGGGCCGUGAUGGGAGAGACAGCACGUUAUGGCUGGGCACAGCGGGGGCCAACACGCCGUGCCACCAGGACUCCUACGGCUGCAACCUGGUGCUGCAGGUCCAGGGACGGAAGCGCUGGCACCUCUUCCCUCCAGAGGACACAGCAAAGCUCUACCCGACCCGGAUCCCCUACGAGGAGUCCAGCGUCUUCAGCUCGGUGGAUGUUCUACAUCCAGACCUGACCAGAUUCCCGGCCUUUCAACUAGCACGGAAACACGUGGUCACGCUGCACCCUGGACAGGUGCUGUAUGUCCCGAGGCACUGGUGGCACUACGUGGAGUCCAUAGAUCCCGUCACUGUCAGCGUCAACUCCUGGAUCGAGCUGGAAGUGGACGGCAUGGCCAGGGUUGCUGAAGCUGUGACCAAGACGGUUGUCUGGGCAAUUAAACGUGCUGAGAGUGAUGACGGCACCGAUAGCUGGCUCAACCCCACAGAGGAUGAGAAUGUAACCCACGAGGAGAACAUGCGCUACGUGAACCUAGCGGUGAGGGCGUGCCCUCAGAGGAGGAACAGCAACGUGGGAGACUCCCGUCCUGCCAAGAGAGACUGGUGUGGACACCAGAGGGGCAGCAGGGGGGAUCCUGCUCCGUUCACUGCUCCCUUCGGGACACAUCUCCUCCCUGUGAGUUGUGAAGGAGAACAACAGAUUAGGAGGAACCCAAACCAUGUAGAAGUCCGGACUGGUCUGAGCUCCGAUGUGGCGUCUCAGGGAGAGACACCAGGAACUAAACCUUCCUCCACUAGCAGACUCUGUGGACCGAGCGACGGCCCAGACGGGUCACCAGAACUCUCCCCGGAGGACAGCGAGGAGUCCACGGUGAACAUAACCACUAAUGACCUGCUGGGCUGCCUGCUGCAUCCUGACAUCAUCAGCCGGGUCUCAGAGCUGCUGCUGGAGAGACACCAUCAGCUCUGA